AUGUCCGCGUCCACCUCCCCGAACGCUCCGUCCUCCCUCAAGGGCGGCAUCGAUGGCGACGAGUACACGGUGACUCCGGAGAUGAUCGCCGCGUUCGAGAGGGACGGGUACGUGCACAUCCCCGGUGUCCUGACCGAGGCCGAGAUGGCUGAGGUCGAGGAGCCCAUGAUGAGGUUCAUCAAGGGGGAGGUGCUCCCGGAGGGUAAGGACCUUUGCGACAUGUCCGGCGCGGUGGACCGAACCCCCGACGAGUACACCGUCUUCAACGCGAUGUUGCCCAGGCGAUACCUCCCGUCGAUGCAGGGAAACGUGUUCGAACGGCGCGCCGCGUCCAUCGCCCGGCAGCUCACCCGCGGCAAGGACAUGUCCAUCGACUACGAUCAGCUCCUUGCGAAGCGCCCCGGGUCCCCGGACUCCAUCUUCGCCUGGCAUCAGGACCUGGCGUACUGGCCGCCGCUGGAGAAGGACCCGGCGACUGCCACGUGCUGGCUCGCCAUCGACGACUCCAACGUCGCCAACGGGUGCAUGAGGUUCCUCCCGGGCAGUAACAAGGAAUCGACGCUGCGAAAGCACGCUCCGGUGAGGAUUAGCAAGGGCAGGAUGGACGAGGAGAGCUCGCACGCGCUCGCGACGACGCUGUCGCCCGCGGACGAAGCCGCGGUGCGAACGGUGGAGAUCAAGCGCGGGGACAUCACGGUUCACGAUCAGCGGGUGGUGCACGGGUCGGGACCGAACAACUCGGAGGGUUGGAGGCGGGCGUACGUGCUGGCGUUUAGGACGAAGGAGAUGGUGGAGGAGGAGCGUCGGCUGGGGUUUUCGCACUCACACAACGACGAGUUCAACUGGGACGCGUUCCACGCGUGGCAGGAAAAAUCAGACGCGGAGUGA